AUGGCAGCGGUAGCGCUGGCGGCGCUGAAGGCUGCGAUCGGGGUGACGUUCACCACGUGGGCGCCCGCCACCUUCUGCACCGUGGCGCCCACCGCGCCCAUCACCGGCACGUGGGACGGCGUGCUCUGCAACUCCGCCGGCAGAGUCUGCCACUGCCCUCUGCUCACUCAUUUUGUUUUCUGCAUGCUGCAUGUCCAUGGUGUGCCUUCUCCUUGUCUUGGGCUCAUCGCUCUCAUGCACCCCCUCUUAUCACUCCCACCCCUUGUGUGUGGCACGCCUUCCAUCCGCGGCCACCAGGCAACUCCCCAACAGCAAGCUCACAGGCACUCUGCCACUCGUCGUCUCCACCCUCACUGCGCUCACUGCCAUGUGAGCCGCCUCCCUGCCUGCCGCCUCCCUGCCCGCUGCCUCCUGCCUGCUGCCUCCCUGCCCGUUGCUUCCAUGCUCUCCUGCUUGCAUUGCUGCUCACUGUCUCUUGACUUCUCAAAUCGGACUCUCGACCUCACCUCCAACCUCUUCCAGGGCCGUCUGGACGAAGUUGCCACGCAGCUGCGCCUGCUCACCAACCUCAAAUCCAUGUGCGUCGCCAUAGCUGCUGCUGCUGCUGCUGCUGCUGCUGGUGCCUCACAAAAAUGUAAGCCCCACCUCCCCACUCCGCUGCCCCCACUCGCCUGCAAGCUCUUCUUCUUGUGCCUCUCCUCGUCGCUCUGCCCUCUCCGCUGCGCCUUUCCAUUAUUUUCCUCCCUCAUGACCUCACCGCCAUCCUCCACCCAUAACACCGGCGCAUCCAUGGGCACUUGCAUGUGUGCAUGGACGCCUCCCCGCCCCACCGCGCCCCGGCCUGGCAGCACAAUGGGCUACAACUACCUGACGGGCGCGCUGCCCAACGUGACGUCCCCGCUCUCAGUGGUGGACGUGCAGUUCAACUUCCUGGCCGGCACCUUCCCCACGCUCACCCUCUCCCUCUGCGCCGCGCGCAUGAACUGCUUCCUCGACGCCUCCAAGUGCAACAACCCCAACCGCGCCUCCGAGCUCCCGCGAGCCACCGCCGCGUGCGCCAUCUGCAACACCACCAACGCGCAGGGCCGCCUGUGCAACGGCGGGCUGUGCACCGUCAACGCCACUGAUCUGGUCCCUCUGGGCGCGCCCAAUAGUGCAUUGUCGCCCCCGCUGCCGUUCAUCUGCGUGGGAGCUGCGUUUGUGGCCAUAGAUGCCGGCCACGCGGGCGCCAUGCUGAACCUCAAGGCGUCGCUGGGAGUGACCUUCACUGACUGGAAGGCCGACUCGCCCUGCUCCAUGACCAAUGUCGUCGCCGCCGGGUCGUGGAGUGGCGUCACCUGCGACGGCACUGGCAAAGUGCUGGGCAUCGACCUGCAGUCCAACCUGCUGCAGGGGCGGCUGGACUCCUUCACUGCCAGCAUCAAGACGCCCCUCGUGCUCAAGGAGCUGCAUGAGUGGGUGCAUUCGACCAUGCUCGAAUGCACCGCCAUCCCUAUCCCCCCUACGCCCCCUAACCUUUCUGUCCUCUCCCCCGCCCUUUCCCGUGCAUCGCGCUGUGCAUGCCUGCAGCGCUCUGCAGUUCAACUACCUCGUCGGUCCGUUCCCCUCCACGCUGCUCGCCCUCGCCACCCUCUCCAAACUGUCAGUGCUCCGCUCUGCACCACCCCGCCUUCCACUCUCGCGCUUCAACCUCAUCGUCGCUACUUUCCAAGCACACACCAUCUCUCACACACUCCCUCAUUGUCCCGCCUCACCUGCUCCUUUCUUCCUCCACCUUGUCUUCCCCGCGCUCUCCUCCUCCCUCUUCCCCCUGCCUGCUCUCCCAGCUCUGUGGCCUACAACUACCUCACAGGCCCCUUCCCCACCGUGCCAGCAUCCGCCAAGUCGCUGGACGUGCAGGGCAACUUCCUGUCGGGCGCCUUCCCCACCAACGCGCUCACCUACUGCGCCGCCACCACCAACUGCCUCACCGACGCCAACAGCUGCGCCUCCCUCGGCAUCUCCCAGCGCACCGCCUCUGACUGUGCCAUCUGCGGCACCGCCUUUGGCCAGGGCGUUCUGUGUGGUGGCGUCACCUGCCUCGUCAACACCACUGGCGUCACGGCUCCUCCCACCGCAUCGUCUCCCCCUCGCAGCCUCUACUGCACGCCGGUCCUCAUGGACGCCAACACCACCACGACGCUGCUGGCGCUGAAGACAGUGCUGGGAGUGACAUCAACAGACUGGGCGGCCACAACGGUGGUGCUGCAGCCCAAGGCGCUGAAGAGUGGCAGCGUGCCCCUGGCCACCACUGUGGGCGCCUGCACAGUGGAAGGCCAGGUGCCUGCGCCCGGCUCGUGGACCGGUGUCCUCUGCAACUCUGCUGGCGCCAUCGUCGCCCUAGCUCUCCCUUCUCCUGCCUGCAUGUUCACUCAGGCUCCUCCUCCUUUCCCUCUUUCUGUCUCCCCGUUCUCCACUCUCGUCUCGUCCACCUGCUCCUGCAGGGUGAUGCCCAACCAGAAGCUGAGUGGAAGCCUGUCGUCGGACAUCACCAAGCUCACAGCUCUCACUGCGCUGGAUCUGAGCGCCAAUCUCUUUCAGCGGGGCCUGGAGGUGUUCGUGUCGCCUCUCACCGCUGUCAAGACACUCAAGUCGCUGUCGCUGCAGUACAACUGGUUCUCCAGCUCCAUCCCCUCCGCCCUCCUCGCCCUGCCAGCCCUCUCCAGCGUCAAGCUGAACCGCAACUACCUGACGGGCGUGGUGCCCACCGUGGGAGCAGCGGUGAAGGCGCUGAACGUGGCGGGCAACUUCCUCUCGGGCUCCUUCCCCACCGCCGCCCUCACGGCGUGCGAUGCGCGCUCCAACUGCUUUGCAGACGCCUCCAAGUGCACCAACACACUCGGCACCGCACAGAGGGCCGCUACAGACUGCAACAUCUGUGGCACUACCGGGGCUGUGGGCCCGUUCUGCGGUGGUGGCUUCUGCAUCCCCAACGCCGCCGCGCCCGCCGCUGCGGGAACGCCCAACACGGAGGGACAGGCUGUGCUGGCGAUGUCGUGCGUGGGCGGCCCCAUUGAGCUCACCAUGCGCGGCGCCAUGCUCAACCUCAAGGCGUCGCUGGGCGUCACUCUCACUGAUUGGCUUGCCACGUCACCAUGCAACAUCGCAGGGCAGGCCCCCGUGGCGGGGUCGUGGUCCGGUGUGGAGUGUGACGCCGCUGCCAAGGUCACCAGCAUCGACCUCACGUCUCAAGGGCUCAAGGGCAGCUUGCCUGCUGACAUGUACAAGCUCACCACUCUCACCUCGCUCACUGCUGUCCCAACGCACCUGCUCUCCCAAAUGCACCUGCUGUCCCAACUGCACCUGCUCUCCCAACUGCACCUGCUGUCCCAACUGCACCUGCUGUCCCAACUGCACCUGCUGUCCCACCACCACCUGCUGUCCCACCACCACCUGCUGGAGACUGCUCAGGACUCAUGUCCUCCCAUCAUCUUCCUUGCCACUCACACGCUCUUCUUCAUCACCACCCCUGUCCUUGUGUGCCCUCAAAUUGUGUGGUUCUGCGUGUCUUUGCCCUCACUGCUCGUGCCCACCUUGCCGCCCCCCCCCUGCCUGCCCGUCUGCAGAAAGGCUCGCUUCAACUUCUUCUCGGGCACGAUCCCCACCAGCGAUUUUCUCUGGAAGCCCUACCUCACCCACCUGUACCGCCUCCAUCUCUCCUCAUCCCCCACUUCCUGCCCACCUUCUGUUACAUGCCACCUGCUCGUUUCCUCCUUUUCCCCUCUCCCUAUCCCAUGCUUGCCUCGUCAGCUGCCCAGCGCCAUAGGCACAGCGCUCAAGACGCUGGCCAUAGGAGGCAACUUCCUGUCGGGCACCAUCGGCAACUUCCCCGGCGUCACGUGCUCCGCGGCGCUCAAUUGCCUCACCUCCCAGGGCAGCUGCACCACCGGUGGCGUUCAAAACCGCGCCGGCUGUAACAUCUGCGGCAGCGCGGACGGGCAGGGCACUCUGUGUGGCGGUGGGCUGUGCGUGCCGAAUGCCACGGAGGCUGUGGCGUUGAGACAGACCCCCACACUGUCCACGCCCACUGUGCCCUUGUACUGCACCGGCGUCAUCAUGAACUCCAUCGCAGUGACGGCACUGUUCAACAUAAAGGCGGCACUGGGAGUGACGUUCACGGACUGGACGGCCCCCUCCACGCUGCUCAAGCCCAAGGCGGCGGGGGCGGGCAGUGGCAGCGUGGCGCUGACGGACUGGCUCACCACGGGCGGCUACUGCACCACGGAGGGGCAGACGCCCAUCGCCGGCUCGUGGUCUGCCGUGCGCUGCAAUGGCCUCGGCCAGCCCGUCAGCCUGGAUUUGAGUUACAACUUCUUCAGAGCCUCCAUCGAGCCUUGGGGCUCCUCCGUCAAGCUGCUCACCAACCUGCUAUCGCUCCGGCUCAACAACAACUAUCUCUUCGGCCCCGUGCCCCUCUGGCUCGUCUCCUUCUCCAAGCUCACCAACCUCGAGCUGAGCAUGAACGCGCUCACAGGCACGUUCCCAGCACCCAUCUCCACCGCACUGAAGCGCCUCAUGGUGGACCAGAACUUCCUGGGCGGCACCUUCCCGGCCAACAGUGCCACCUACUGCACUGCCUACGCCAACUGCAUCCCCACCUACUCCACGUGCAGCUCGCUCAACCCCAACGCGCCCAACCCCAGCGCCAGCUGCCAGAUCUGCGGCAUGACGGACGCCCUGGGCACGGCGUGCAUGGGCAACCCGUGUGCGCCCGGCACACCGUCGCCCAUCACGGCUGUCAACAAGUGGAGCCCCGCCCCCGCCAUGCGCUGCGACCCCGUGCCCAUCCAAGCCACCCAAGCGUCUGCGCUGGUGGCCAUGACGCCGGGGCAGUGGGGGGCGCAGACCACGUGCACGCUGGCAGGGCAGCCCACCGUGGCCGGCACGCUCCCCUCCGUCUACUGCAACCCUGCCGGGCUCGUCCUUGAAAUGUACCCCCGCCUGCUCGCCCCGCCCCUCUCUGCCCCCCAACCCGCUCCCUUUCGCACCUCCAUUCCAUGCCUUGUUCUCACGGGCGGCAAGGCCUCGGGCUCCUUCCCCAUCGACGUGUCAAAGCUCUCCAUGCUCACCAAGCUGGACCUGUCGGCCAACCUCUUCUCGGGCCACCUCGACUCCUUCCUCGCGCCCUUCCUCGCCCUCAAGACUCUCAACUCCCUCCGCCUCCACCAGAACUACUUCUCGGGCUCCUUCCCAGCCGGCAUCUCCGCCCUCACUGCCCUCACGGAGCUGCGCCUGAACCUGAACUACCUGACGGGCAGCAUGCCGGCAGCCCUGCCGGCGACCCUCAAGGUGAUCGACCUGUCGAGCAACUACCUGGUCGGCACCUUCCCCACCACCACCGCCACCUCCGUCGCCUGCGCCAGCAACUGCCUGCAGGACGCCUCCAAGUGCCUCGCCGGCUCUGCUCAGCGCGCUGCAGGCGGCUGCGCCAUCUGUGAGACGCCCGACGCCACGGGCAGCAUGUGCAACGGCGGCGUGUGCACGCCCACCGCCGCCACCACUGUCAACAGCGACACCGCCGCGCUCUACAGCGUUGGGUCGUCCAUGGAUCCUGCCAUGGCGGCGGCGCUGCUGAACGUGAAGGCGUCGCUGGGGGUGCUGUUCACGAACUGGGUGCUGGGCGCGCCCUGCACCAUGCAGGGGGUGCCGCCGCUGCCAGGCGCCUGGUCCAACGUUGCUAUGCAGCAGCAGCAGGCCCCCAAGCUGCAGCAGCCAUGGCUCUUCACUAUCCCACCCCCUCUUGCUCUCACCCCUCUCCUCGCUCUCCCCGUCUCAUGCCUACUUGCUCUGCCUGCUCCGACCGACAUGCUGCCCCACCCCACCUGCUCUCCUCCCCACUACAAUCUGCGCACCAACUACCUGGAGGGCCGACUGGACGUCUUCACCACCAACUUCAAGGCGCUCACGGCGCUCAAGGAAGUCUACUUUGACUACAACUACUUCUCGGGGCCCAUCCCCUCCGCCCUCGUGGCCAUGGCCUCCCUCUCCACCUUUGGAGCGAGGUACAACUACCUGUACGGUGUCGUGCCCACUCUGGGCCCCGCACUCAAGACGCUCGCUGUGGACGGCAACUGGCUGUCGGGCACCUUCCCCGGCGCCGGCUUCUCCUCCUGCUCCGCCACCAAAAACUGCUUCGCCAGCAUCGGCGCCUGCACCACGGGAGGCACCGUGCAGCGCAACGCCACUACUGAGUGCGCCGUGUGCGACUCGGCGGACGGCACGGGCACCAUUUGUGGCGGCGGCACUUGUGUGCCCAACACAUACAACAUAUACCCAAACGGCCCUAACUACGCUCCGCGACCGCGCUUCUGUGUGGGCGUGGCGCUGGAUGCAACUCAAGGCAACAUCCUGCUGGCGCUCAAGACCACUCUGGGCGCCACCUUCACUGACUGGACCGCCGCCACACUCGCCGCCCCCAAGGCCACCUCGCCCAAGCCCAAGACGGGCAAGAAGCCCAAGGCGGGGGGGAAGCGGCGCGUGCUGCAAGGGAGGGGGGGGUCGAUGAUGCAGUACGACUGGAAGCUGGUGGGGUCGUGCACCCUCCAGGGCCAGACACCCAUUGCUGGGGCGUGGACCGGCGUGCGCUGCUCUCCGCUCGGCCAAGUCGUCAGCCUUGAGCUGCAGGGCCGGCAACUGGGUGGCACAGUGCACUCGGACAUCAGCAAGCUCACCACCCUCACCUCACUGCGGCUGACCUCCAACCUCUUCUUCAACCGCCUUGACUCCUACAUCGUGCCCAUCACCCCCGCAGCCACCCUCAAGGAGCUGUCAGUGCCACCACGCCCCCGCCCCUCCAUAAUCCAUUCCCCCCUUCUUCCCCCCACCCUCUCUCUCAUCGCCUCUUCGCACCGUCCCCACCACGCUCGUCAACAUGCCGGCCCUCUCCGCUCUGUAAAGCCCUCGCCCCACACCCUCCUCCACUCAACUCCUCUUCUCCAACUGCUUCACUGCCCCACCUCUCACACUGCCCCCCGUCCAUCAUGCCGCUUCAAGCCGCACCCAUUCGUUCCUAACGUGCAGCCCUUGUUUCCUGUGCUGUGUGUGCAACUCCCCAGCGCGCUGGGCAGAAACUACCUCACGGGCACCCUACCCAAGCCGGCGGCCACACUCAAGGCGCUGGACACGGAGUACAACUUCCUCUCGGGCACCUUCCCUGCCGCCUCUCUGGGCUACUGCACGGUGCGCGGCAACUGCUUCCUCGACGCCUCCGCCUGCGUCAACUUCGACGGCACCGUGCAGAGGGGCGCCGGGUGCAAUGUGUGUGGGUCAUCCAACGGGCAGCUGCCGCUGUGUGGCGGGGCCGUGUGCACGCCCGACCCCUCGGCGUAUGUGGCGGGCAAAGUGGCCAACAGCGCCAGCGCGCCCACCCUCGCCCUCAAGUGCCACCCCUUGGCCCUUGAUGCCACGUCCUCGGCCGUGCUGGUGAACAUAGGGGCGGCGCUGGGAGUGACGCACACGGACUGGAGUGCCAGCAGCACCUGCAACAUCAUCGGGCAGACCGUCGCCCCCAAGUCCUUCCCGGGCGUCUGGUGCAGCGGCAGCGGCGCCGUCGUCUCCCUCAUCGUCUCUCCUCACAUGCCUCUCUUCUGCCGUCCCUCUCACCAAGAUGUGAGCCCCCCUCUCACUGCUCUCACCACGAUAUGUGAGCGCCCCUCUCACUGCUCUCACCACGAUGUGAGCGCCCCUCUCACUGCUCUCACCACGAUAUGUGAGCGCCCCUCUCACUGCUCUCACCACGAUGUGAGCGCCCCUCUCACUGCUCUCACCACGAUUCAUCCAAUCCAGCACCCACUCCCCCCCACCCCUCCGCAUCCCCCCGGCGAUGGCAGCAACCUGGCGUCCAACCUGUUGGAGGGGCGCCUGGCCGAGUGGGCCACGAUGCUCACCACCGUAAAGUCGCUCAAGCACCUCAACGUGCAAUACAACUACCUCACUGGCUACUUGGCCCCCAUAGCAGCAUCCCUCAAGACCAUCAACGUGGCGUCCAACUUCCUGGCGGGCCCCUUCCCAGCGUCCUCCACCACCAUGUGUAAUGCGCGCAACAACUGCCUGGACGACGCCUCCAAGUGUGUCUCCUCGGGCUCCUCUGUGCAGCGUGGUUCCUGCACCAUCUGCGGGGGCAGCGCUGCCAAUGUGCUGUGCGGGGGCGGCGUGUGCUCGCCCAACACGGACGGGCCGCUCGCCACCGCCACGCCCAACAGCGCCACCACUGGUGUGCUGCCCAUGCGCUGCACUGGCGUUCGAAUUGACCCCACAGCUCUGCCGAUUCUGGCGAACUUGAAGACAGCGCUGGGAGUGCCGCACCCGGGGUGGGGCGAGCAGACGAUGUGCACGGUGUCGGGCAUCGCCAAGGGCCCCGAGGACAUGCCCGCCGUGUACUGCAACUGGCAGGGCAAGGUCAUCGACCUCUUCCUCAAGUGGCGCCUCAUGCGCGGCCUUCCCACUCUGCUGCUCGCCGCACUCUCCUCGGCUUCCCACUCUGCUGCUCUUUGCACCGCUUAUGACUUUGCUACAAGACUCGCCCGCAACACGGAGUCGCCCUUCUGCUCUCCCAUCCUCUCAUGCCUGCCUCCCAAUCCCUCCCAAUGCCUCCCAAUGCCGCCCCCGCCCCCCCUCCUCCUCCCCAAACCCCCCUACAGCGACCUGUCGGGCAACUUCUUGUCGGGGCGAUUGGACCCGUUUAUCACACCGCUCACCGGCCUCACUGGCAUGAAGAUCCUGUACGCCCCCCAGCCUUCCCCACCCCACUGCCCCCUCUCUCUUCUCCCACACUCUCUUGAAUUCAUUGCACCUUCGCCGCUCUCGUUGCCCCCUUCCUGUCUCAUCAUGAACUACAACUUCUUCUCGGGCGCCAUCCCCGCCUCUGUCUCCGCCAUCAAGAACCUCAUGCUGCUGAGCCUGGGGUGGAACUACCUGACGGGCACGGUGCCGGACAUGCCAGCGAAGCUGAGGACGCUGGACCUGGAGUACAACUGGCUCACCUACACCUUCCCCACGGCCGCCACCACCACGGCCUCGUGGGACUUCUGCACCGUGCACCAGAACUGCUUCAUCGACCCCACCCCCUGCGGCAACGGCAACAUCAACCAGCGCUACUCCUGCGCUGUCUGCAGCACCACCAACGCCAACGGCACGCUGUGUGGCGGCACCACCACGUGCCAGCCCGACCCUGCGGCCGUCAGGGCCGCCACCAAUCGCCAGACCAGUGGCGCCCCCCAGCUCGCCAUCACCUGCCCUCCCCCACAGCCCGUCGCCACCGACGCCACCGCAGUGGGGGCGCUGAUGAACAUCAAGAUGGCGCUGGGGUUGACGUUCACGGACUGGGCGUCCACCUCCACCUGCGCGGCUGCCGGCACGGCCCUCGGCGGCUUCACUGGCGUCGAGUGCAACUCGCUCGGCAACCCCGUCAAGAUAUUCCCCAUCCGUUUCCCCAUCCAUUCCCCCAUCCUGCUCCAGCAUGGCCGGCCUCACUUAACUCACUCCACUUCCUCCCUCUGCUCCCACCUUCCCUCCUUAUCGCCUUUCUGGCCCCCUCCCGUCCCCGCCUCCCCACAGCACCCUGGACACUCGCUCAAGUCGAACCUCUUCAGGGCGCGUCUGGACGAGUUUGGCAGCAAGAUUCCAUCGCUGCCCAACCUCGGCCUGUCCUACAACUACCUCACAUACCGCGUGCCUCCACUGGCGGCGGGGCUCAAGGACAUCGACGUGGGCUUUAACUUCCUCUCGGGCUCCUUCCCGGCCAACUCCGCCACGUCAUGCGGCGCCAACAGCAACUGCUUCCUCGCCGCCACAACGUGCACCACCAAGGGCACGGCGCAGCGCACCACCGGGUGCAGCUUCUGCCUCUCCGACACGGCACAGGGCAUGCUGUGCUACGGCCGUGGCAUCUGCACCGUCGACGCCUCCUCUCCCUUCGCCGCCGGGACGCCCAACGCUGUCGGGGCCACCACGCUGCCGCUGGCUUGCGUUGGUGAGUGUGGGGGGGGUGCACAAGGGGGCCAGGGUGGUGCUGCCAUUGAUGUUCUGUGUGCCACUGCCUCGCCUGUCAUGUGUCCCACCGACUGGCGCUGCAGCGGACUGCAAUGCGUUGGGAACAACUUUGCCAACUGCUUUGGCUUCCUUUGCACUGGCUAG